CGGUGGGGCCCCCCGCCACUGCCGCAACGAACCGAAACCCUGGGCUUCUACGAGAGCGACCGGGAGCGGAAGAAGAAGAAAAGCGCCUCAGACCUUUCAUUGCUGAGGUUUAUAAGUACUGAAUUAACAAGAGGUUACUUCCUUGAACAUAAUGAAGCAAAAUACACAGAACGGCGAGAGAGAGUGUACACAUGUAUGCGAAUACCAAGAGAAUUGGAAAAGUUGAUGUUUUUUGGAAUCUUUUUGUGCCUGGAUGCUUUUCUCUAUGUGUUCACCCUGCUUCCUUUGCGAGUUUUUCUGGCAUUGUUCCAGUUCAUCACUCUGCCUUUUUAUGGCUUACGACUGAAGGGAAGAGCACUUUCACUUCCUUUAUAGAAUGGAAUGUGGUGUCACAGGGAACUUCUCCAUGUGAUAGACGUUUGCUACAACCUGCUCAGGUAUGUGACAUUUUCAAAGGAGUUAUAUUGAUCAUCUGCUACUUCAUGAUGCACUAUGUUGACUACUCUAUGAUGUACCAUUUGAUAAGAGGACAGUCUGUCAUAAAACUCUACAUCAUCUACAACAUGCUGGAGGUGGCUGAUCGCCUGUUUUCCUCUUUUGGGCAAGAUAUUUUGGAUGCCCUUUAUUGGACAGCUACCGAACCUAAGGAGAGAAAAAGAGCUCAUAUAGGUGUGAUUCCUCAUUUCUUCAUGGCAGUGCUGUAUGUCUUCUUGCAUGCUAUUCUUAUAAUGGUCCAGGCAACAACACUGAAUGUUGCCUUCAACUCCCACAACAAGUCACUGCUUACCAUCAUGAUGUCUAAUAAUUUUGUUGAAAUAAAAGGAAGCGUUUUCAAGAAGUUUGAGAAGAACAAUCUUUUUCAAAUGUCAAACAGCGACAUAAAGGAAAGAUUCACUAACUAUGUGCUACUGUUGAUAGUAUGUCUAAGAAAUAUGGAACAGUUCUCAUGGAAUCCAGAUCACCUUUGGGUGUUGUUUCCAGAUGUCUGCAUGGUCAUUGCAUCAGAAAUUGCAGUGGAUAUUGUGAAACAUGCAUUUAUAACAAAAUUCAAUGAUAUCACAGCAGAUGUCUACAGUGAGUACAGAGCCAGCCUGGCAUUUGACCUUGUUAGCAGUCGACAGAAAAAUGCAUACACAGAUUACAGUGAUUCUGUUUCCAGGAGAAUGGGUUUUAUUCCUCUCCCAUUGGCUGUUUUACUCAUCAGAGUCGUAACAAGCUCAAUAAAAGUACAAGGAGUCUUGGCUUAUGCCUGUGUUGUGCUCUUCUAUUGUGGGUUAAUUUCACUAAAAGUCCUUAACAGCAUUGUGUUGUUGGGCAAGUCAUGCCAAUAUGUAAAGGAGGCAAAAAUGGAAGAGAAGUUGUUCAAUCCUCCCCCUAGUAGCACCCCAGGCAAACCACUCAGUAAACCCCAAAGCAAAUUUAAAUCUACUCAAGGAAUUUCCACAGAUGAAAGUUUCUCUGCAUCAGUUACCAAUCAGCCUGUACAGCAGAAGGAAAAUACAACAUCUUUACUUGUGACAAGCAACUCUGAUCAAUUCCUGACGACUCCUGAUGGAGACGAUAAAGAUAUAAGCCAAGACAAUUCAGAAUUAAAACACAGAUCUUCAAAGAAAGAUUUGUUGGAGAUAGACAGGUUUACUAUUUGUGGAAACAGAAUUGACUAAGUUUUCUGGAUUGGUGUGCUUAGGAAACUGAGCUGUUGGGACAGCAAAUACUACCAGAAUGGACAGUUGCCCAAAAAGGCACUUAAAUAUUUAUUUAAAAACUUAAAUUAUUAAUGUCAAACAGAUAUUAAUUUCUACAAGUAAAUAGGUUUGGUUGCUGGUCAGAUUAAGUAACAGAAAUCUUUAACUUGGCUCUUUGGAAAAUAUAAUGGAUUGUGAGAGCCUCUUGUCUAUUUGGCAGAGCUACAGUAUCGCUGUUGCGGAAUUAGAUUGGAAAAAUCAAAAUCCUGUUUUGCUUUUUGAAACCAUGCUUCCAGAACAUAUCAUUUUUCAUCAAGGUGUCUCCAUUAUAAGGAUAUAACUGGGAAUAUGUGACAACUUCAAUAGGAAGCUCAUCUUUCCAGUGACAUGUUGUUUUCAUAAACAGCUACAAACAGAUUUCAAAACUUGUGCUUAUCAGUGAACACAUAAAAAGCACUGGUAGAUUAAACAGUAGUCAAGAUAAUUAUUCUUGUCACCAGAAAAAUCUUGGAAGAUGUACCUGAACUAAUCAGAAUAAAAUACUACAGUAUCUUAAAUGAAAGACCUAGUGCAUAGAUAGUAUUUUAUCUAAAAUCUAAACCAGGAAGGGAAAUGGAUCACAACUACAAAAAAAAUACAGUGAAGGGUCCGCAUAACUGGGCAAACGCAGCUUCAUCGUUUUUCUGUUCAAUUACAAUGUGUUCUGCAAGGCAAGCGGUAUACAUUUAUAAAUGCUAUAUGAAAGGCUUUUUUAAAAAAAUAGUUGCUUGUUUUUUGCAAUUGGAAAUAUUUUGUUAUAUAGAGAUUUCUUUAUAUUGAGAAAAGGUAAUGUGAACUGCAGCCAGCAACACCAGUGCUGCAUUAAUUCCACAUAAUUCCAAUGCAAUGGAAGAAAUAACUACUACAUUUUGGUUUAAACAAGUUGAUAAAAAUGGCAUCUCUAUAUUAACUUAGCUGGAAAAAUUGUCCAUAGAAUAGUUAUACAGAAAUCAGAAGCAUCCAUUUUAAUUGAUGGAUUUUAAGUAGAUUUGAGUAGCUUUAUUAUGAAGAGCUUGGUGUGAUGAAGUAUAAUGCAUCUUAAUUUCUGGUGUGUGUGGCAAGGUUGGGGGAAUUGAUGAAAGGCAUUUUGAAUCCCUCAAGAAUGAAACUGCAUUUCAGCUCAAUAAGUAGGCUAGAGAACUGAAUCAAAAGGCAGUCUUGCAUCUAGUGAUGUAUCCUAUAUUUGCUGUUAAAAUACAACAUUAACCUCUUUUUUCAAAAACCUUUCAAAAGCUUUAAGUUGAUGUCUGCUAAAUUAUUUCCCUUUGGAAUUUAAUUUUUGUUUUUGGCUAUGAUGCAGAUAUUUCAGUGAUGAACAAACCACAGGUUUUUUAUCAACUUAUGUGUAAUAUAUUAGAGUGGAAAAGCCAAAGUUCAGUGUUUAUCUUAUGAAUAUGAAAUGUGGAAGAAUAUAUGCUAAUUCCUAAUAUUUGCAGAAUUGUAUUAUGACAGAACAGAGAAAUGUGUAGAAAUAAUGUCAUGAAACUGAAUGUAAAGUUGUCAUGAAAAUGGCUUAAACAAUGUAAGUCAACAUCAUUUACUCUAAAGGGAGCCUCUUGCUGCCCCUUCUCUACCACCACUACCUGCAGUAGAGUCCACAAUCAAUUGAGUUGGUGGAGAAGAUUCCAAAAUGCCUUUAUUUUAGAUGUAUUUUAUGCUCAUUGAGAAAUUUGCACAUUAAAAUUCAAUUCAGAUCAUCUGUGAAUUGGGUACAACUUAAAUUUUUCUGAGACUUAAUUUUUUCAGUUAUUUAGCAGUUGCUAAAGGAAUCUUGGAAAGAUUUUCAUCUGUUAAGUGACAUUCUGUACCAAUUUUAUAAGUGCAUCUUGUGUGAAACUCAAUAAAACACAAUUUUGUAAUCUUUGUUUAAAAAAAGGAGGGGAAUAGGCUGGAUUUCUUUGCUAUAGUUGUCAAAUUUGAAUACUGCAAUGUGAUUCCUGCAUAUUCUGGUUUCACUAUGAAUAACCUAUUUUUUUUGCAAGCAUAGUAUUGGCUACCUAUUUUAGAUCUAAUUAUGUUGCUGGGUUUGGUUUUUAUUUUUAUUCAUCAGUAUGUUAAACCCAAAGGGGGUACUAGUGCCAACCUACUGUUAAUCUGAAUGCUAAUUGUUUAAAGAAAGAAUCAAAUUGAAAUCCUGUCCAUUUUUAACUUGGUUUUUUUUCAGUUGCACUUAUAUCAUCCUGUUAAUUUUUGUGGUUUUAUAUUCUGUUAUUUUUACUAUCCCUCCCUCACUAUGUGAAAAUGUAACCUACUAUAUUUUAUCGCCAUUUAUUCUGUGGGUAUGCACAUACUUUUCAAGUGACUGGUAGCAACUGCAUAGUUGGGGAUGUAUUCUAACAGGGGCUUAAAAUGGGAUAUAUAUUUUAUUUUUUUUUUACUCUAAAAGUAGGUGGCCAAUCAGCAUGAAAUAUCAUACAAGGUUAGUGUAUAUGGAUUAUUUAUGUAUGUUUUGUCUUGUUUCAUUGUUGAAAUAGGGCUUUAGCUGAAUUUUGUUAUCACAUUUUGCACUGAACACUGUCUAGCCACAUAAAACUUUAUAGAGAGGGGUGUGCUAACUAGAACUGGUGCAAAUACAAAUCUGGUUGAUGGGAACUAGGCAAUCCAAACUUGAAUGAUUGGAGUAGGCUGCAAACUCACUCUCAAACUACCCAUUCAUGUCCGAUUUUAUCCUGCAACAGGAUUGCUGCAUUUUCGUUCUCCCACGGAUUGGGAUUUCCCACUUCUUUUCAAGCAUUAAAGAAACCUUGUAAACUAAUAAAUAGAAAAGUUCAUUGUAGAACACUUAAGGUUCCUACUAGGGCUGUCAAUUGACCUGUGUUAACACCUGCAAUUAACACAGGAUAGGAUUAACAUGUUAAUUUUUUUAACAUGUUAAUUGCAGAUGUUAAUGCUGUGCUGUCCCUUUGAAGUGCUGUUCCUCGC